GGGCGAUUGGCGGAGGUCGGUCACGAGUCGGAGGGGCGCCCGCCGUGCGGAGAGCCGCGCAGGGGGCAGGAGGCAGAUGUGCGCCGUGCGGCAGGCUGGACGGGCGGCUGGCGCGCGGGCGGCGCCGCGAUCGGCGGGAAUGACGGCAAGGUGGCCGCACUGGAGCGGGCGGUGGACGAGCUGCAGUCCAGUUGCGUGAAGCUGCGGGCGUCGCAGGCGGGCCUGGAGGACGACGUGGGCAGCAUGAGGGCCAGCCUGGCGUCCAUCCUGGUGAGGUGCAGGAUGCUAGAGUUUGAGCACCGGAGGUCGAUGGAGGUGAGGAUCCCACAAUGUGAUGUUGCUGUUCAAUAUGCGUCUGCUUGUGUGUUCAUGUUUUUGCCGCACAUGACAUGGUCACUUGUUUAA